AUGGCUACAUUUUCAAACGAAGAGUACUCAGACAUGUUGUUGGUGUAUGGAAAAGCUGACUGUGUUGCACGAGCAGCUCAAAGAAUGUACCAAGAGCGCUAUCCUAACAGGCGUGUACCUGGUCGAAACACAUACCAAAAUACGUAUCGACGCUUACGCGAAACCGGUCGUUUGGACAAUGUUACAAGGGGCAUUGUGGUGCGCCAUAAUGUUGAAGUCGACGAGAGGAUUCUGGCGCUUUUUGAAGAAGACCCGACUAGAAGUGUCAGAGACGUAGCUUCAUUGCUAGAAAUAUCGACAUGGAAAGUGUGGAAUGUACUUCGUCAAAACAAUAAAUAUGCCUUUCACUACACUCCUGUACAAGGUCUUGAAAACAAUGACUUUGACAACCGAGUCCGGUUUUGUCGAUUUUUGCUGCAUACCGACGUGGAUGAUCCUGACUUUUUAAAAAGUAUUUUGUGGACGGAUGAAUCCAAAUUCACAAAAGAAGGAAUAUUGAAUUUACAUAAUUUACACCAUUGGUCGUCAAAAGAUCAGAACCCAAAAGUAAAACAACAAAGGUCCUUUCAGAGAAGAUUUAGUGUCAAUGUUUGGGCAGGAGUGAUUGGCAAUAAUGUUAUUGGGCCACAUUAUUUGCCGGAUAAUCUUAACGGAGAUAAUUAUCUGUUUUUUUUACAAAAUGAGUUGCCUGAAUUGAUGGCUGAGUUGCCCAUUUUUAAUGAAAACAGGCGGAUAGUAUUCCAACACGAUGGCUGCCCAGCACACUGGAGAGUAACCGUGCGAGAACAUUUGGAUAAUGUAUUCCCAAAUUCGUGGAUUGGAAGAGAUGGUCCUAUCGCAUGGCCACCACGUUUACCAGACCUAACUCCACUGGAUUUUUACAUCUGGGGACGAGCCAAAGCAAUUGUGUAUGCGACGGAGGUUGAGACAAGGGAGGAGUUAAUCCAGAGAAUAGAAGAUGCUUUUGUCACUAUCCGGCAAGAAAUGAAUCUUCAUACGACAACCGUCGAAGUCAGAGAUAGGUGUCGCGCGUGCAUUCGCAAUAGGGGACAACAAUUUGAGCAAGAUUUGUAA